AGUGAACAGUGACUGAAGAAGUACGUCGUUGAUGAUUUUUGAUUUUUUUUGUCGAGUGGAUUUCGCGGUUCGUAAUGAAUAUCAAUAUUCAAGGCCACAAUCUCAUCCACACUCUACUGUGUAUAGCUUAGAAGGCUGCUAUCUUAUCGUGUCAGACUCACCGAUUCUUCAUUGGCUUUUGUUUUUAACAAAUCUUCGCAGUUGUUAGCGGGAAACAAGUUGAUUUUCAGACGGAAAGGCCCGUAAAGUAUACCUCGUAUGGUAAGGGGAAGCAAAGAUAAAGCCGCAUUUCUUCAUUCUUGGAAUUGAACGCGUGACCCCGGAAUCUACUACAUCGGGCAACUCUCCAGGUUGUAUUCGGAAAACGACAGCAAACUCAAGUGAGCGGCUUCUACAACUCUAUUAUUCCGGGACGAAUUCGUCAGAAAAUUGAAACGUGGCUCAAUCAUUUCUACGCGGACCCCGCCGAGAGAGAAUCGGAAGUGAUGUCUUCUUCGAUUCAUUACAAUGCUGCGUUAGCUCAAGCAGCGCGCACACAGUGGUUUCGAAACCGGAAGGACAUUCCAAUCGGCCUUGAGGCAGUUACCCGCGGCCCGAAAACUAAUACGGCAGAGGAGAAGCGUCUAAACAAGGAGCUCAAUAGUCUACCACAGGUACAGUGUUCUUGAAUUCGAGUCUAAGUAGAAGUACAUCACGAUCACGAAAAACAUGUUGUGAGGUUCGACUGUACUAGAAUGUUCUGGUUGCAAAAGAAAACUCCAUUCACUUCAAAUAUCAGCAUCUUACAUCCACUGUGCCUUACACCAGGUGUCCUUAGACGCACAGGAAGUUUACUCGAAAAGUCCAGACGCACGGAUUAAAUGGGUCGACAAAUGUUUGAAACUAGCCUCCAUGGGGAAACUGAGUUUGCAGGAACAGUUUUACCAAUUGGUGACCAACAAGCAGUUCGUCUACAACUGCAAUGAAAAACAAUCGCUCAUCAUCUUCAUGAAAAUCAUGCGGAAUAUCAAGUACUACUCUUAGAAGAUGAUUUUAGAUGAAUCACUACUACGUUGAAAAUGAAAAUCAUCAUCUCUAUGCCGUGUGGACAAAAGAUUGAUUGGGAAUUUUGGCUUGGCGUUGAUUAUUUCUUCAUCGCAAUCUAAGUAUGUACUAUAUCACAGAUAAUUUUUUUCAUUCGUGCUCAACGACAUAUAAUCUACAUUACCAAGGUACUUUUCAUCGAAGCAGGGCCAAUUCUUGCGGUCUGUGCAUUUUCCGCUGUAUGCGCAGCAUGGAAGCACGUGGGAAACUGAGGUGCGGGAGAAGAAAGAGCAGGAAUCAUCAUCUUCGUCCGACGAUUCUGACGACUCGGAUGCCAGGGGCGGAAAGGCCAGUAAAAACGCAAGUGCCAGGGUCGGGCGCGAAGAUAGCGAUGAUGAGUCAAGUCGCGGGAGGCGGGGGCGCGAUGGCGCAGCCACUUCUAGCAGAGGCGGAACAAGGGACCAUCACCAAAACCAUACUAUUAAUAGAGAAACAAGGCAAGAAAACGCUAAGUCUUCUACUUCGACUUCGAAACGCGGAGGCGGGCGUGACGAGAGCCGAGAUAGAGGGAAUUCCUCACGGGCGAAGGCAGGAGAUUCGGCUAGAGAGGCCAUGGCCUCUAGUCGAUCGCAGCAGCACGACAGGCGUCGAGACGUCGAUGAUAGAAGAGGUUCUUCUAGAGUAGAUGCGAAGCAGUCGGACAAGAGACGCGAAGAUCGCGAGGAUAGACGACGCGACGACGACAGAAGGCGUCACCGUGACGAAGAUCGAAGGCGCGAAAAACGGGAAGAAAAAAAGGUAAAGAAACAGCGGGAAGAAUCAUCUUCAUCCCGCAGCCGUAGUCGUAGUCGCCGCCGACGAUGAUCCUGUUGAAUCACACUGAAUUUUAAGGAAUUAAGAACGCCAACACUAUGAAUUUGGACACUCUCAAAGGCUUUUCCCUGCCUCGUACUUGCUCUGUCACGUGAAAUCACAACCCUGAAAGUCUCUAUCGAUCCCUGGAGCUUGCGUAUUACAUAUGAUAACUUUACAAUUCACGAGUACAAUACUGAAAUUGCGCAAGAAAAUCCAAUUUCUCGCUUUUCUUAAUGUGCUCGCCUCACACGGAGC